UGUAGUUAAUGUUUCAAAGAUAACAAAAUCGAUUGUCAUCGGAAGCAUCGAUAGUUGUUUGCUGUCAUCAAUAUCAACACACUUUGUUUAUUAUUUUAGGCGCGCAAGGUAAACAAUGGAUUCGGAAGCAAUGGAAGUAGAUGAAAAUACGCCACAGCACUAUGUACGCACUGCCGAAGAUGUUCGUACGAUUGUCAAGCAUGCCAAAAUGGAUGAAAGGCAGCUCACACAAGUCACACAGGCUUUGUAUUACCCCGAUGCCAAUGUGGUUAGUGAUAAUCUACGGUUGCUGGAGCUGGACGAGCACAUGCUGCAGCAAAUACGCACAGGUCAAACGCUACACUUUAAGGGCGGACUGCAUGAGAAGGUUGUGCUCUGCACGGACGAGCGUACAUACGAUGUGAAAGGUGCCGAGAUCUCAAAUAGUUUAUUACUGGUGCCGGACCUCAAGUUUGCCGCUGCUACCAGCACUUCUCCCUUGAAGAGUCCGCGCACGGGCAAUGCGAAUACCUCGUUGGAGCGGAGCCUUAACGACAGCGCCGAAGAUCUGGAGGUGCCACGCACAUUGGAGCAACGUCAGGUGCUAACGAUCUUUCACGAAUAUUUUGAAUGCCGUGAAAUAAGGCCACGUUAUAAAAAGCUUGGGGAACUACUGCAGCUCACUCGUUAUUCUGGGCCUGAAAACGAAUAUUGCAUCGAUCGCAAAUUGUUGUUCAGUUUUCAACAGCUGUUGGACACGGUGCAAUGCAGUCGUGCCCAAUUUGUGGAGGGUCUACGACAACAUCGAGCCAUAGAAUUCGAGGAACACAUUCGUAUAUUAGACUAUGAGUAUGAGUAUCGCAUUAUUAAUCUGAUGCUUGGACUGAUUAGUGAGAACUCCUGGGCAUUGGAUGAAAUAGAACGCGAGGAGACUAUUUACGCGCUGCAAGGUAUUGCCCCAGAGGCGAUUGUUUCGGGAUUAUUUGAUAUCUAUACCAAGCCAAGUGAUCGCUGUCCCAACAAGCACAAAUAUCAGGAGUCGUUGGUGGCGCGCAUUGUGGCACAGAAUAUUUUACAGCCAACACUGCGUUUUCGGAACGAGGAAUUUAUGAACACCUGGCAGGAGGCACUGCCGGAGGGCAUGUGUUGCAAGCUGGAGUAUCUGCGUGGCCUUGGCAUCCUGGACAAGGAAGGAGCGCAACCAUGCAUACGUUCGCUGGCCGAGGAACAGCUGCCCUCCAAUAUCAAUGAUCGCAUGCGCGCUUUGUUUAAAACGAAGCGCAAAUGGACUCUUGAUGAAAUGGAACCGUACAUUGACUGCUUUACCACGCCCACACUAUCCGUCUCCACGCUGCUGGCCAAGCACGCGCGUUCUCUGACGGAGGGCGGCAUACGUUACUUUGUGUCCAAGCAUUAAAUGCGUUCAAUAUAUACGUUUUCUAUUUCUAUAUAAAGUUGUUUUCAUUGCUAAUUUAAGAUUGCAGAUAGUUCAGUGUCUUUAUCCAUUGAUGACAUG